AAUUUCGACAACUUGCAAGACCAUCUUGUUACAACCAUCUUCCAAUACUUACACAGUAACGACUUAUGCAAAUGUGCAAUGGUGUGCAAAAGAUGGUAUCAACUUGUGUGGAGUCCAGUUUUAUGGUCAAGUAUACGCAUUCAUAACCCAAGGUUAGACGUGGACAGAGCAUUGAAAUGUGUAACAACUGCACUCAGCUGUGAUUCAUCAAAAACGUGCGUCAUUGUGGAGAAUAUCAAUCUAGCAGGAUCUAGAAGGUUGACAGAUAAGGGAUUGUUCGUUGUAGCUCAUAGAUGCGUCGAACUUAAAAAGCUAGUGAUUGAUGGCUGUACAGAAACGACAAAUAUUGCCAUUUUUGAGAUUGUUUCAAGAUACACACACGCAAACACACACACACACACAGGCUGCCACUACAUAACGAGCAUCAGUUUAACGCCAGCAGCCAACUUGCAGGCGACGACGAACAACAAACAGAUCUACCUCAGCCACCUGGACAUGACAGAUUGUACCAACGUUGACGAUUCAUCUCUGCAAAUGAUCGUCACGUACUGCUCGCGACUUUCAUUCCUGUACCUGAGAAGAUGUAUUAAGAUCACAGACCUCGGAGUGCAGUACGCCGCGAGUUAUUGCAACAAAUUGAAAGAGUUGAGCGUCAGUGACUGCCCGAAUGUUUCAGACUUAGGAAUGCGAGAUAUCUCAAGACUUGAAUCGAAUUUAAAAUAUCUGAGUGUAGCGAAAUGUCGACGAGUAACCGACAUUGGAUUACAACACAUCGCUAGAAAAUGUACUAAAAUCAGGUAUCUUAACUUAAGGGGAUGCGACAAGAUCACAGAGGAUGGGAUAAUCUUCCUGGCAGCAUACUCCAACAAAUUGAGAUCCAUAGAUCUCGGGAAUUGUGAAUCGGCACUAACAGACAGGUCAUUAAUGAUGCUAGCUGACGGAUGCCAGCAAUUAAAACGCGUCAGUUUGAAGGGUUGCAGUCGAAUCUCAGACGAAGGUGUCGUCAAAUUUGCACAGAAAUUGCGACAACUCCAACAAAUCAACCUCAUCGAUUGCAAGGUAACAUUUCUGAGUUUCAAAGCUUUGCACAAAUACUGCGACGACUGUAUAAUCGAACAUAAUAACCCGGCUAACCUGUCCCUAACUCAAUUGUGA